AUGCAAGGUGGGGAACGCCGCUCCCGAAAUCCAUCUCGAAAUCCCUCUCGAGUCCGAUCAAAGGUCGUCAGUUACAACGAUGGAUACACGUUUGCACUUAGGGCUGCAUACCUCCACCACCUCCUCCAGCCCCGGGCCAAAAGGAAGCAGUAUAUCCCUGCCCCGAAACCUGUACGAAAGACGGCAAUGAUAGGGGAUCUAGUUCAAGACUUUUCUCUCAUGAAGGAUACGAAAAGCGCAAAAUUUCCCCAUGGCUUUAUGUCUCCUUUGGAGAAACGGAUACAAGGAGUACUGGUUGGGACAGAAAGGCUUCCGGGAUACAAUGACGCAGCUGUCAAACGCACAUUCGCCGAGGCAUAUACCGCUUUCACAGAGCAAGGGUUCCGCAGACGGAUGGACAAGGAACGACGUGUAGAAGAUCUGGUUCUGAUAUUUUAUUCCAAUGCGACCAAGGCGUUACAGAAGGGCAAAGCACCUGAUGAUGACUCCUGGAAAUUGCUGGUCGAUCGUCACGUCGCACUCUUUGUCAGGCUUAUCAGCAAUACCUUGAAAGACCAUGGAAACGACAAGGACAGACCCGAGCUCAUGAACCGACUGGCAAACCUAGAGAGUAAAUUACUCACAAAUGAUCAAGAUCUGUUUGCCGGCUCGGGGGAUGGAGCCGGGGGAUCCAGUAUCGAAGUUGUGGUGCCGAUCAGCUAUGAUGUUAAGGAUAUGCCGAUGGUGCAAGUGGUUGCCAAAAUAUUUGGACUCAGACUCUCGCAGGUGCAAUCUGAUAUUGAUGCAAACAAGCAUAUCUGGACCGAGGAAGCUGCCCUUGCGGAUCUCAAAGCAUAUCAACACUGCCUAGGUGCAAAUACUAAACGCACACUGCGGAGUGAUGACUUUGAUAUCGAGGAAGCUUACCAGGAAUGGAAGAAAGCAGAAGCUCCAGCUCUUUCACAAAUGAUGGCCGAGAUACUGCAAGCUAGGCCGGAGCUUGUUAAGUCGUCAUCGAGCUCAAAUAAGCCUCUUCCUCCCAUUCAUGCAUCAGCCAGUGCAGAGGAUCAGGCUUACUCCGACCUAGGUCGGAUAGUUACAAGUCCUGUUGAGCAAAACACUUCUUACGUAUUCGAUCAACCAGUUGAUAUGAGCUCUUUAUCCUUGGAAGAUGAGUAUCUAGGCGGCCACUCUCUCGAGGAGACCACGUUCACGUUCAUCCCACCCGAUCCGCGCUCAUUCUAUAGAUCAAUUCUAUCACAUGCGAUGACAUUCGACCAACUGCAUGCCCCGCCAGCAGUAGAUGGGCCCGUUGCGACCCCGCCUCUCUCCAAAGCAUCGACGGAACUAUUAACUGAGCUUUGCAUUCGUUGGCGGAUCCCACCGUUCUCUAGGAUGGUGCUCUUUUUGGAUGUUGCCGCCCAAAAGUUUCUUGAUCAAGAGAUUGGCCUCGACGAGCUCGACACGGCAUUCGAGUUUGUCAAGAACCCGCCGCCCGAACCAAAACGGGCUCAUACACAUUACCAUUCUGUCAGCCUCUCCUCCGUUGACCAAAGUCGAUGGACUAUUCAGGACUUUGCACUUUAUCGGCAGAUCUUGUCGAACUUGCACGACGGCCUACUCCGCGACCUGUACGAUUUGUUACAGCACUGUUAUGAUUCUAAGCCCCCGUCACCAGGUUCUGUACUUCUCGUUCUGGAGAGCCACAUCCAUAGCGAUCCGUCUUUUUCGAUGGGUCCAAAUGAGCUCGAUGCCUAUAAACUUCAGCUUGAAGACGGUCUUCGCGCCAAGGCUGCUGCGGUCUAUAGAGGCUAUUUGGAGGCAGAAGUUCCCCAAAUUCAGGAAGAAUGGCAGUUCUACCACGUCGUUCAGCUUGGUAAAGCAGUCGUCAAACUUUGCGAGCGAAUUCAGAAGAGAUAUCGCAAGAAUCCCGACAUCAUGGGUGUCAACCCCUUGACAAUCCUAGUCUCAACCAUGUUUCCGAGCUUUGAGAGCGAUGCUGGCGAUCUGAUCCAGCGAAUUCUCCAUGUAGCUCAAACAAAGAAUUCCGAGGUGGAUUUACAGGAUGGCUUUGACCUAUACCGAGAGCUCGUUGAAAUCCGCCGAAUUCACCAGUCUGCUCUUCCAGACCGCCCCUUCGCUUUCAAUAUCGAAGACGCUCUCGCUGAAUUUGUCUGGCGGUGGAUUCGUGUUUCUGAGUCCAAGAUGGUGGAACUUGUUGAUGAAGCCAUCAAGCAAGAUCAGUUUCAAGUUAGAUCAGAACAGACCGACCGUCCUGCAACGGAUGAUGAACGGCACAGUGUGUCCGUCAUUGACAUUUUCCGUCUGUUUAACCAGACUACUGAUCAGAUAUUCCAAUUGGAAUGGGAUAAUGAUGUGCAGUACGCGAAGUUCAUGACGGCGCUGUCGAAAUCCUUUGGCACCGGGCUCGCGAGAUAUUGUGAGGUUAUUGAGCAGCGAUUUACGAAAGAAAUGGACCGGUUGUCGCCAAUGCAGGAAGCUGCUGCCGCACAGUCAAAGCAAGAGAAAUGGAUGCAGUUUGCAAAAGAUGCUUGGAACAAUAAGGAGAAGAUUGAGCCGUUUCAGUUCUACCCGGAGUCAUUUGUGAAGUUGAACAACAUCGAGUACGCGAUACAGCAGCUUGACAUCCUAGAGAAGACGAUGAAUGUUGAUGCUUGUGCGAAAGUACUGGAGAAGAUUAAACCACCAAAGGAAAAGCAACGGAGACCCUCUAAGUAUGUCUUCACGAUCAAGAUCGUGGAGGCAGAGGACCUGAAGGCAUGUGAUCCCAAUGGAACGAGUGACCCUUAUGUUGUCCUUGGCGACGAAUACCAAAAGCGCCUCGCGAAGACAAGGGUAGUGAUGAGAAAUCUCAAUCCACGUUGGGAUGAGUCAGUUGAUAUUACGGUAUCGGGAGCACUAAACAUUAUCGCCACAAUAUGGGAUUGGGACACGUUUGGUGACCACGACUAUGUGGGCAGAACUUCCCUUAAGUUGGACCCAACUCACUUCAGCGACUAUUUGCCCCGAGAAUACUGGCUGAACUUGGACACCCAAGGCAGGCUACUACUGCGAGUCAGCAUGGAAGGAGAAAGAGAUGACAUCCAAUUCUUUUUUGGGAAGGCUUUCCGGCUAUUAAAAAGGACGGAAAGAGACAUGACCCGUAAAAUUACUGAUAAGCUCUCUCAAUACAUCAACGCCUCACUCUGCCACGAUGCUUUGAAAAGCGUGCUAAAUCGAGGCAUCACUGUUGCAGCCGUAACAAGUCUAUGGAAAAACCGCCAAUCAGUUGCACCUACCACCACGCAGCAAGACAUUGAGAAUGCUUUGAAACCACUCUUUAACUACUUCGACGAAAACUUCGCAAUCAUGAAGCAAACUCUUACGGAUGCUUCCAUGGUAAUGGUCAUGACCAGACUUUGGAAAGAAGUUCUUCUGGCCCUGGAAGGAAUUCUGGUGCCACCAUUGUCGGACAAACCUUCGAUCCAGCGCCCUCUUACUCAGCAAGAGAUGGAUGUUGUAUUCAAGUGGCUUGAGCUCUUGUUUGAUUUUUUCCAUGCUCGAGACGACGAAACUGGCGAGGCAAUGGGCGUUCCUGCCGAUGUUCUGAAGUCACCAAAAUAUUCUGAGCUCGCCACUCUCAACUUCUUCUACUUCGACACGACUGACAAUCUCAUUCGUACAUCCGAGCGCAUGGCAACUGCAUCUGCACAACGUGCAAACAAUCAGCGGAACCGUCUCUCGGCGCCUCCGAGCCUUGGGGCUCAAUUCGGAGGUCUGAUGGGGAACUUAUCAAUUCGAAGGUCUAAAAGCAUCAUGCUUAGUCGUAAUCUUGGCACAAUGAAGAAAGCGAAGGAAGAAAAACGAAAGGAGGCUCAAGCUGAUCCUAGCGACGACAUGAUAUUGCGGAUCCUGAGAAUGAGGCCAGAGGCUGCGAUCUAUCUCCGGGAUAGAAGUAGGCAGAGAGAACGACUAGCAGCAGCAGCAGCAGCGGAGAUGAUUGUGAGGCAGAGCCUUGCUUCAGGCGGUGGACCUAGAUUUGGCGCAAAUAAUCUUCCUCGUCGUUGA